AUGAAAGGAUCCGCGCCGGUACCGAACCGGCAGACCACGAUUGGCGCCUUCUCACUUUACCAAACGUUUUUUGGAGACGACGACGACGGCGCGCCAACAGCAAACGUAAGAAACAAAUUCCUAAAUACUGUGCCGAGGGAACCACUCCGAGUUACCAGUGUUGACAGGGAACCCCAUCCAAACGCGUCAGCCGUCCGAAAAGAAAAAUUACCCACUUCCAAAGAAGAACUUAUUAAGGAGGCCUCCAAAGUUUUACAACGAGCCGAUCGCGUCGGUUGUGUCGUCCAAAAUAGUGGUCAUAAUCCAGAAAAAUAUUACACUCUCCCAGCUAGAAGAAAGAACCGCCCCGAAUACAAUCAAUCUUCCUUAGAGCGCAAAUCGAAACGAAGAAACAGCGACGAAAUAGUAAUCCCCCCAAAGAAGCCCCCUAGAACAUUUGCAAGUACUCGUACAAAAUCCCCACAACGCACAUCGAUAUUUAAUCUGUUCAAAAAAUCCGAAGUCCCGGCACCUCCACCAAAAAAGAAAUCGAACCUCAGACGGAGUGUAAGCGAUGCUUCAGCAUUAAAAUCAAAGUCAAACGAUGUUCAAACAACUAAAAAACGAGCAGAGGGCGAAUCAAAGGAUAUUUCUAACUUAAAAUCAACCCCCAAAAAGCAACUUUCGCCGAUAAUCGAGGUAACCCCGAGGGAAGAUUACUUCCAAUCUAUCGAUAAGGAGAUCAUCGACGAUAAUGUGAAGAAAGAUGUAGGUCAUCCUAAAAGUGUUACUGAACAACUUCAGGAAUACAUUGAUGAGGUGGAUGAAGAUCUUUAUAAAGAAACGGGAAUUAGGAUCAGUCCUCCAAAAGAGAAAGAUAAGUCACCUCGACCCGUGAUUAUCGAUGUUGAUGAAGCUGAUCAAAUUUCAAAGAAGAAAACAAAGAGUUUUGGGAGUAAAUUGAGAUCGUUAACGAAGCGAGGUGAAAAGAAAAAGGAUAAAAAUAAAGAAAACCAUAAAAUCAAAGAAGUUACGAGAAGUAUUUCCGUUAAAACCGAUAGAAAAACAAAAGCAGCAGAAUUACCUUUGGUAAGAACUAAAUCGUUAGAAGAUAUACCGAUUGAUUUCAAAGAAGUGCCAUCAAUUUCUCCGAAUAUUCAGAAAGUUAUUGAUAAUUUCGAAAAUAAAAAUAAAGAAGACAUGAUCCAUAGUAGUCAAAAACCCGUGGAUAAGUUGCCAUUAACAAGGGGAAGAACCGUCGACAAUAUGGUUAAAAGAUUAAGCAGGAAAUCAACAUCACCACCUCCUCCAAAAACAAAUAUUACCAUAACACCAUCCGGUAGUGUUCAACAUAAUAACAACCAACCUUUUUCCUACACACGGGGUUUAAGCCCCGAUAAAAAUGAUUCUCCAACCAGUCCCAAGCCAAUAAUUUACGCCCAAGUUGUUUGCAAUAACAAAACAAUUCCAAAUAAACAAACAGUUCAUACUUACGUUAAUGGAAAAAAGAACAUUCCGCAUUCAGAUUCCGAUGAAGGAUUAGGUUAUGAAGAAAAUACCGGUUUUAGUAGAAAAUAUGACGAGAAACCCACCACUAGAUUUGGAGAUCACGAUUUUUAUAAAAAACCUAAAGAUUAUUUCAUCGAAGAAGAAUUUAUAACCCCCAAAUUUAAAAGUGUUGGAUAUAAUGGAUUUAGUAGUUACGAAAAUAAUUAUGAUAAUAAAUUCAAAACAACAGAACAAAGUUAUUUUACAGAACGCGGGAGAGGUGAUGGGAUGGACGCAAAAAGACGCGAAAGUCUAACAGAACAAGAAGACGUUACUAAAUUCAACGGCAACAGAAAUGAUUUAAGCGCAAGAAGAGAUAUUUUAGAAUCGAGAAUAAAUCGUCGAUUUGGCGAAAAAUCUUAUAGAAUAUCUCCAGAAUAUUCUCCAAAAACAAAUAAAAAUAACGUAAAUAACGUUUACAUAACAGAAACAAAUUCAAAAUAUUAUAGGAGUGGAUCAGCUAGUCCUGUGGGAUACAAAGAAACUUAUACCUCUGAAACUAUGAUCGAUAGAAAAGGAGAAAAACAUAAAACGGAAUCGAGGAACCGCCAAUAUUUCGGAGAACCAGAAAGAAUAACAUACAAAGACAGGUUUAAAGAGGACUAUAGAUACAACAGUUUCGAGAAUGAACCAAAAAGUUUUGACUCCCAAAUAAGUGACUACAGGUCGUCGCCCGAGAACAACCGCUACUUCGAAACUAGUCAAAACUACAGGUCCACCCACAAAGAUAAAUAUUUAAAGACCAACCAGCAUAUAAGAAAGGACAGAAACGUAUACAAAUCGAACCCGGAGAUACACCACAGAAGUUACGACAACUACAAAUACGACGACGGGUAUCAAGAGACUUACCACGAUUCUUUGAAACGAGAAAAACACGAUAACCGAACUUCUUCGAAAUACAGAAACGAAAGAUAUUUCGACCAGAACGACAACGAACGAAAAGAUAAAUUUGGUGACUCGGGAAUUGAAAACGAUUUUAGAAGAGACUCGGGCGAUAAUUUUAAAUUACCAAGAUCGGAUAAGAAACGCGAACCGAGCAACGAAAGCGAAGACGAAGGAUUCGCUAGUUCUUUAUUGAUCGCUAGCGAACGACAACAUACCGAAGAUAAUUUCGCUCGGAGAAGACGCGAAGCUAGAGAUAGUAAAGAAAAAGAUGAUCAUUUUAGAAAUUUGGAAUCUAUGGAAUAUAAUAAGUACAAAAAAUACGAGUACUCGCCUAGGGAGAGGAGUAUAGAUGAUGGAUCUCAUUAUGAUCCUCGACUUGACAAGGAAUUCGAUAGGGGAACAUUGAAAAAAAUUCAAAAGAAACCACCGAAACCAGAGAAAAAGAGCGGUUUAGAAAAAGUAAAGCAAUUAUUUUCAAGAGACACAAAAAAGAAAAAAGAGAAAGAAAAAAAUAUGGUUAGUGAAGAAAAUCUUCGGUCAAGAUACACUGAAUACAGGGGAAGCAGGGAAGAAUUAGAACCGAAAAUAAAACGAAAAGAGAUGAACGAAAUACACACGAGCUACACGAAUUAUGCAAAUAGACGAAGGCUUUCGACACCAAGUCCAACUCAUGAACCAAUACCACCACCACGUGUUGAAAAACGAACAGAAAACACAAACGGAGGAUGGUUUAAGUCUUUGGACAGGUUAUCAAGAAAAAAAUCAAAAAAGAGCGACAAAGAUUCCUCUUCGGAUGAAAUGCCAGCUAAAUCGACACCGACCAAGAACCUGAGGUUCUUCGGAGACACCGACAUCGAAUCCAACGAUAGCUUACGUAAAAAACCUUCACUAAAAGCCCGAACCGGACUCUCAGCGAGUAAAGAUCGUCUCCGUAGCCAAUCCACAAGAGAUUUACACAAUAUUUCGGAAGAAAUCGUGACUACCCCGGAAAUGCGACGUCAUAAUCACAAAUCCAUGUUGAAUAUUUCCGAAUCUGAUCGAGAACUUAAAGGUUCCAGAAUGAGUCUUAAACCGCCCAUGUCUCCGAGUCAUAAUAGACACAGGGAAGGAUCAAGAUCACGUGAAGAACGAAUGAGAAGAAGAAAAAAUGAAGUUAGUUCCGUUGAAAGUUCUACUGAAGGAGAUAGUAGUCAACAAUCCCAACGAAGUGUUGUUUAUUUACAUGCUCCAACAGUUGGUGAUAUCCCAGGUCCAGGUUAUUUAAGAAACGGAAGACGUGCAGCAUCGCGCGAAGAAUUGACUUCAAAUAGUUCGAGUCGUAUCCAACCCCAAGUAAAAACUUUGAGUCGUUCUUUUUCAGUGUUGGCUCCUUGGAGACCAAAACAUUACAAGGAAACCUUAGAUAUCGAUUACACUCAGUAUCCAAAACCGGUUAAAAAUGGUAAAUACGAACAAAGAGUAAUGAAGAAUGGAUCUAGUCGUAAAGAAACUUCAUCUACUUUAAAGAAGAAAGCCCAAGAAACGAAAAGAACGAACCAGAAUACCUCGACAUUGAAUAGGAGGUCGAAAAGCAAAGAAAAUGUUUCGACAUUAAAGCGCGGUCAAGAAGAACCACCCCGCGGAUCUAAUUCGACACUUUAUAAAAAAAGAGAAAGACCUGCAAGAGAAAAUAAUCGUUAUAGUAGUAAUAGAGAUGAUAGGAAGAUGUCUUCAAAAAGUAUGUCUGUCGAGUCAUUAGGAGGAACGAGUAAAUCCAGUAAAAAGAGUAGGGAUGAUAAUAGAGAAGUUUCUAGAUCGAUUUCUAUGCCAAGAGAUCCAGAAAAAUCUGCCGGAUGGUUUAAUAUGAAGAAAAAGAAGUCUGGCAGCACACAAAGACUGUGAUUUUGAAGAAAAUCACAAUUUUAACUUCCGUGCCAUUUAUUAUUUUUUCCGUUUUUAAACAAGAUGAUUAAGUUCUCUCAAAUUUAAUGGAUUUUUAAAUUAAUCACGAUGAGAACCGUGUAUUGUGCAAGAUUAAAAAAAAACUUGGUGACCACAUCGUUUUCUCGGUGACAAAAAGCGUAUUCUAUUUCUUUUUCAUUACAUCAUAUUAAAGAUAUCUAGUGAAAAAGAAUUGGAAUCGAACGGUCAAAAGGUUCUUUACUAAUAGUUGUUAAGGGACUAUCUAAUCGUUUUUCUUUAUAUUUACAUAUGUUUUCUUUUGUGUAGAUAAGCUUUAAAUUCCCUUUCAAACCGUUUUAUUUUGUUGUUAUCAAUGCUUACGACUUUCAUAUUUAGCUUGUUUUAAUAUUUUGACAGAAUUUUUUAAUAUUUUAUACAUCAUAAAUCAUAACAUAAUACCUACACAUUAUUUACAAUUUUUUUCUUUUUAACUUAUAUAACAAAAUGUGCUGGUGCUAUAUAAUUACGAACAAAAAAGCUCCCUUUUUUCAUUAUAAAUAUGUAAAUAACAAGUUUAUGUAGUAUACGGUUUAGGUAGAGAGUAUUUUUUAUAUAUGUUUCUUUUUUAUUUUAAUAUAAUCACUACCUUUCAAUGGAUAGAGAGCCGAUCGUUACCAAAUUACCGCGCAAGCAAAUGGUAAAAAAUCAAGUGUAAUAAAGAAACCAUCAGGUAUCGGUGCUUAAUUAAUUUUGUAAACAGCACCAUAUCGCUUUUUAUUUUUUUUUUUUUUCUAAAUAAUUUCAAACGAUUUACGCAGAACUGCAUUGUAACUUUAGUCGGUCGUUUUUAACAAAUUAUUUGUAAUUAUUGUGCUAUAUUUCGUAAUAAAAUCUAAUACAUAACUUGUUA